AUAUGAACUUCCUCCAUAUUCAAUCUUCUUAACAAUCGACUGAUGAAUCAUCUCAUCCCCUAAAUUCCAAACUAAACUUUGGGCAAAUUCAAGCCAUAGAUUUAAAACCAUACAAGAAAAAAUGGAGGCUACUUUUUCACCAUGUUCCAAGUGCCAAAAUUAUAGAAUCUAUUUACUAUGAUUUAUAGAGUCAAUCUGUUGAAGAGCGUGAGAGCAAAGAGAUGAUCUUAUUGCAAUUCAUUCUGUUAAAUAUGCAUGCUCCUUUUGACUUGAAAUUGGUAAUUUCAACGUAAUAAGUCUUAGAGUGAAGAUAAAUGGAUUCAUAUUAGUGAACUGAUGCCAACCCAUAAAUCUCCACAUGAAUGGGCUUAAAUUUGCCAGCAGUUUGUUCACCAAUCGGCAUACAAGAACCCAUGGUCUGAGAGUGAAGAUUAAUUGCUUUUAGAGAUUAUUUUGUAAUGAAAUUACACUCAUUCUAGAUAAUACCAGAGGAUGAGGAAGGGGAACAAAUGGAGCAAAAUCGCACGAGAACUAAAUGAAUAGAGUCUCAAUAAGUGUAUUCGUACACCCAAAUAAUGUAGAGAACGUUGGGGGAACAAGUUAGAUCCAUCCAUAAAUCGGUAUGAUUUUUAAUUCAUAAUUUUAGUGAUGAAUGGACUGAUGUGGAGGAUCUACAUUUACUCUAGCUUCUCUUGCAAAAUGGAAAAAGAUGGGCUGAUCUAUCUAUUCAAUUAUCACCAUUUACCAACAAUAAAAAAAGAACUGAAUUUUCUUUAAAACAUAGAUUCAAAAAAUUAAUAUCCAAUUCAAAUUGCAUUGGUAUUAAUGUAUUUUAUCAAUUCUAGAAUCCAAAUCAAUCAGAGGAACCAAUUAUUAAAUUUCCUCCGAUUGGGACAAUAAGGAAAUCAAUAGAUUACUUUGUAAGAUUUCUCAAUUAGAAAUGUACACCAAUAAAAGAGAGGUUGAAAACUUCUAUUAUCACCCUCUAACGAAGUAAAUCCUACUCAAUGAGUCAAACAAGAUUGUUAUCAUAAAAGGGAGAUCCAAAGUAGAAUUGGAUUUGUCAAUUCUUUUUAAUUCGACAAAUUCAGAAUCAAAUGAUUGA